ACAUGUCUGGAGUGUAUGCUACUUUUUCACUCGUGUCCAAUUUUACACGCAUGCACCAUGUUGUUUUACUUUGGAUCCUAUGAUAUUUUCGUUGGUAUCAUCUCGCUAUUAAUAUGUUUGGAUAUCGUCGCCGUCGUCACCCGCGUGUAUGCCAGGAGGCUGACGCGCCAGAAGCUGGAGACGGAUGACUGGCUGGUCGUUCCGGUGCUGAUUUUGAAUAUUGGCAUGGCCGUAUCUGUCUUCAUUGGAAUCGGUGAUCAUGCUCUCACGCACAGGUACCCCACAAGCGAUGUAUCGCCAGAGCAAGCAGCUUAUGGAAAGGCGAAGCAAGGCGUUUUGAUGAAGAUUGAAUACGCAUUGCUCCUCAUGGUCGCCGCCGCACUCACCCUCAUCAAGCUUUCCUUUUUAUUCUUCUACAAACGUGUGUUUGUUUACGACAAGACGAACUGGAAAGAUGUUCGCAAUAUCAUCAUACAUGCUCUAAUCGCCCUCAUCAUCAUAUGGGGUCUCGGCUUCGUUCUCAUUAUGUUGACUGGGUGUCGCAAUCACUUCUAUGCACACUAUUCCACAUUGGAAGACACAAUGGGAAAAUGCAUCAACACAUUCCUGUACUUGUAUGCAUUUGCGAUAAGCGAUUUCAUAACCGAUGUCUUGAUCAUCCUGACGCCAAUACCUUUCAUCUUGAAGCUGAGGCUAUCUUUGAAACGCAAACUUGGUAUCAUGCUUGUGUUCCUCUUAGGAGCUCUGGCUGCUAUCACUUCCAUGAUGCGCAUGAUUUGGAUGAAGUACAUCAUGGACAUGACAGAAAGUCAGAUGCCACGGGAAUUUGCCAAUCCGAUAGACAUGCCAUUUAUCGUGAUCUCGACCGAAAUGUUUUGGUUCAUCCUUGAAGCAACGAUUGCUUUAAUCGCGGCCUGUCUACCGACCAUCUCGACGAUAUUCCGUACUGGGCCUGUUCAUCACUUCCUUCAAAACUUCUCUAGCAAAGGCUCUAUAAAAUCGGGCAGUACCUUCAGUGGAAAAUCGAGACUGGCGGAUUGGAGGAAGACUGGAGGACAGAGUAAACAUACUCAGGUGGAAGUAUAAGGUUGGUAAUUCAUAUUGUUAUCAAUGCAUGCAAUGUCUCUCAUCUGCAGUCAUCAUAUUUUUCAGACUUGAACAUAGAUUAUAGCUCCUAUUUGUAGUAUAUGUCACAUAAGAUUUUUACCAAAGCAAAUCCCUUUUCUUGUGUACGGGUGAAUCGUGAUAAGCACGGAACAUGGGUCCUGCCUGAAGCUCGAAGGCUGAUUCAUCGUGUUCUUCAAUACCAAGUGUUUGUGCUGCAUGGAAAUGCGAAGACCCCAAUAAUAGACUUAGUG